CGCGGUAGUAUCGCGAGAAGAAGGAGUGUGCGUAGCUCUUAGAAAUCACUAUGGUGACAGGGAGGUUGGGAGGCUUCUUGGUAACUGGUCCCAGCUCUGUGGGAAAAAUCGCCACUGCUUUCCUGCAACUUAAGUGAAUGCAAUCAAGUGGCAUUUUAAAAUUCUGCUGAAAGUGGAGACAUGAGACUGAAGAUAUCUCUUUUAAAAGAACCAAAACAUCAAGAAUUAGUCAGCUGUGUGGGCUGGACUACUGCUGAAGAACUGUAUUCAUGUAGUGAUGACCACCAGAUAGUGAAGUGGAACUUGUUAACAAGUGAAACAAGUCAGAUAGUAAAGCUUCCUGAUGAUAUUUACCCAAUAGAUCUUCACUGGUUUCCAAAAAGUUUAGGCAUAAAGAAGCAAACUCAAGCAGAAAGCUUUGUCCUUACAAGUUCUGAUGGUAAAUUUCAUCUGAUUUCUAAGUUAGGAAGAGUGGAAAAAAGUGUAGAAGCUCACUGUGGAGCAGUUCUUGCAGGAAGAUGGAAUUAUGAAGGAACAGCAUUAGUUACAGCUGGAGAAGAUGGACAAAUAAAAAUCUGGUCAAAGACUGGGAUGCUAAGAUCAACUUUAGCUCAGCAAGGAACACCAGUAUAUUCAGUAGUGUGGGGCCCUGAUUCAGAAAAGGUUCUUUACACAGCAGGCAAGCAGCUGAUCAUUAAACCUCUUCAACCAAAUGCUAAAGUUUUACAGUGGAAAGCUCAUGAUGGCAUUAUUUUAAAAGUAGAUUGGAACUCUGUCAAUGAUCUAAUUUUAUCUGCUGGUGAGGAUUGUAAAUAUAAGGUAUGGGAUAGUUAUGGCCGUCCUCUGUACAAUUCACAACCUCAUGAGCAUCCUAUUACCUCAGUUGCCUGGGCUCCAGAUGGAGAAUUAUUUGCUGUUGGAUCGUUUCAUACUUUACGCUUGUGUGAUAAAACUGGGUGGUCAUAUGCUUUGGAAAAGCCCAACACCGGCAGUAUAUUUAACAUUGCGUGGUCAAUUGAUGGCACUCAGAUCGCUGGAGCCUGUGGAAAUGGGCAUGUUGUUUUUGCACAUGUGGUGGAGCAGCGUUGGGAGUGGAAAAAUUUUCAAGUAACAUUAACUAAACGAAGGACCAUGCAGGUUCGUAACGUUCUUAAUGAUGCAGUGGAUUUACUGGAAUUCCGUGAUAGAGUGAUUAAAGCAUCUUUGAACUAUGCACACUUAGUUGUUUCAACAUCUCUUCAAUGUUAUGUGUUCUCUACGAAGAACUGGAAUACACCUCUUAUAUUUGAUCUAAAAGAAGGAACUGUUAGUUUAAUUCUGCAGGCAGAAAGACAUUUUCUUCUUGUAGAUGGUGGUGGUAUCUAUUUAUAUUCUUAUGAAGGCCGGUUCAUUUCUUCUCCAAAAUUUCCUGGAAUGAGAACAGAUAUUCUGAAUGCACAGACUGUAUCUCUGAGUAAUGAUACCAUAGCAAUAAAAGACAAAGCUGAUGAAAAAAUAAUCUUCCUUUUUGAGGCAUCAACUGGAAAACCAUUAGGUGACGGGAAGCUUCUUUCUCAUAAGAAUGAAAUUUUGGAAAUUGCUCUGGAUCAAAAAGGACUUACCAAUGACAGAAAAAUUGCCUUCAUUGAUAAAAAUAGAGAUCUCUAUAUCACCUCAGUGAAACGAUUUGGGAAGGAAGAACAAAUUAUCAAACUUGGAACAAUGGUGCAUACUUUGGCAUGGAGUGAUACAUGCAAUAUCCUUUGUGGACUUCAGGAUACUCGAUUUACAGUGUGGUACUACCCCAAUACAGUUUAUGUCGACAGAGACAUUUUGCCUAAAACAUUGUAUGAAAGGGAUGCAAGUGAAUUUAGUAAAAAUCCCCAUAUUGUGAGUUUUGUUGGAAAUCAGGUAACUAUAAGAAGAGCUGAUGGCUCACUGAUUCACAUCAGCAUAUCACCAUAUCCUGGUAUUCUCCAUGAAUAUGUAAGCAGUUCAAAAUGGGAAGAUGGUGUAAGACUUUGUCGUUUUGUUAAGGAGCAAACCAUGUGGGCUUGCCUAGCUGCUAUGGCAGUUGCUAAUAGAGAUAUGACUACUGCAGAAAUAGCCUAUGCAGCAAUUGGUGAAAUUGAUAAGGUUCAGUACAUCAAUUCUAUAAAAGAUCUUCCAUCUAAAGAAUCAAAAAUGGCUCACAUACUAAUGUUUAGUGGGAACAUACAGGAGGCUGAAAUGGUACUUCUUCAGGCUGGCCUUAUUUAUCAAGCGAUCCAGAUCAAUAUUAAUCUCUAUAACUGGGAAAGGGCACUUGAAUUGGCUGUAAAAUAUAAAACACACGUUGAUACAGUUCUUGCUUACCGGCAAAAGUUUUUGGAGACAUUUGGUAAACAGGAAACUAAUAAACGGUAUUUGCAGUAUGCAGAAGGUCUCCAAAUAGAUUGGGAGAAAAUCAAAGCCAAAAUUGAGAUGGAAAUUACCAAAGAACGAGAGCAAUCAUCAAGCAGCCAGUCCAGCAAGCAUAUAGGUCUAAAGCACUAAAUUCCUUGCUUACCAUUAAGAAAUUUUACCUUUUGAAACAUUCUGAUUAACCAAGGAUAAUUGUAUUUUUAUUGCUAAAGAAAAAGGCAGAAUCUUUAAGUAUAAGUACUUGCUGUGUAUUUACCACUAAAAAUACAUUCAGAAAGACUAAGCACAAAAUAAUUGAUGCAGUUUCAUCUUUUAUAUAGUUUAGUCCAAUAAUUAGCAAAAUAUUCUCAUAUGCUUAUGAUACACCUAUGUAGUAUUGCUUACAUUCCAGUUUUUUGUCCAUUAUUUUAUCCCUGAAUCAUCAGCAUGAACAAAUAUUAAUGCUCAUAAUAAACCAUUGGACCCUUUAAAAUGUA